ACAAAGGUCCCCUCUUUCAGACCAGUUGGAUGUACAUGGAGACUCCCAGUUGGGCAGAAACCAAGCCAGGAAGUGGUCUGUGCAAACCAGGAACCAUUGCUCUGUUUGGCAACGUGGUGUACAGCGGCCUGCUAAACGAGCACUUCUGGCACUUUGGGGUUCCCCUUGUCACCAGACUGGGUAACCAAGAGGCCCCAGCUGCCCCUGAAGCCAUGGCCCAACCCUUCCCACCAGCCCAGUACCCCCCACCACCACAGAAUGGAAUCCCUGCUGAGUACACUACGUCCCAUACCCACCCACCGGCUGACUACACAGGACCGAGCACAGUGACUGAGCAUGCCCUGACACUGUACACGCCGACACACACACACAGUGAACAGCCGGGAAAUGACAACAACACCCCUGCCCUCACGGCCAGCACAGUAACACAGGCAGAGGAGGCUGUACAGACGGAGGGGUCCCAGCAGCUCCACCUGCAGCCCAAUGAUUCAUCUGGGAAGCAGCAGCCUAAGAGGUUACACGUCUCCAACAUCCCUUUCCGUUUCAGAGAUCCUGACCUACGGCAAAUGUUUGGGCAAUUUGGCAAGAUUUUAGAUGUGGAGAUCAUUUUUAACGAGCGAGGCUCCAAGGGCUUUGGGUUUGUAACAUUUGAAACGAGUGCAGAUGCUGAUCGUGCACGGGAGAAACUAAAUGGUACAAUCGUAGAAGGACGAAAAAUAGAGGUCAACAAUGCCACAGCCAGAGUAAUGACCAACAAAAAGGUGGCAAACCCUUACACAAACGGCUGGAAGCUGAAUCCAGUGGUUGGAGCAGUAUAUGGUCCUGAAUUUUAUGCAGUUACUGGCUUUCCAUACCCCACAAGUACAGGAGCAGCCAUGGCCUACAGAGGGGCCCAUUUGAGAGGGAGGGGUCGGGCUGUCUACAACACAUUCCGUGCUGCACCUCCCCCUCCACCUAUCCCUGCCUAUGGAGCUGUAGUGUACCAGGAUGGCUUUUAUGGAGCAGAAAUAUAUGGAGGGUAUGCAGCUUACAGAUAUGCCCAGCCAGCUGGUACUGCUGCAGCUGCAUACAGUGACAGUUAUGGCAGAGUCUAUGCAACAGCAGAUCCAUAUCACCAUACAAUUGGUCCAGCAGCCACUUACAGUGUGGGCACUAUGGCUAGCCUUUACAGAGGAGGGUGCAGUCGCUUCACUCCCUACUAGAAAAGAGGGAGACACGCCCCCUUUCCUUCCCUGAAAAACAGACAAAAAAGCAACAAAUGAAAUCACUAAAUAACCAUCUUUACCCUUUUUAUGGAAAACUAAAAACAAAAGGCUUCCAGGUGGCAAACGUGACCCUGACAUGCAAGAAUUCUCAAGUAGCUUCCCUUUUUACAGAGUGUACACACUGUCAUUUAUUGAUGUAAUGUACUCAUUUCUGAAAAUAACAUUUUGUUACCCUGUGUUAACUUGAAUGUAUUUGCAAUGAAAUGUCUGUAAUGAAAAAAAGACAUCAAUUAUCAAUAUGGACAAAGUGAGGUAUGGAAAACUUUAAACCUUCCUCCUCUUCAAUCUUCCUCUUUUUUAUUGGUCCGCAACUCAGCUCCUUUAGAGUGGCCUUUUGUGCUAGUUUAAUUCCAUCUAAUUUCCCUACCUUUAUUGUUUCAAUUAUUCAUUUCCCCCAUAUACAUUAGAAGCACUAAUGUUCAGCAAUUGGGCAACAAAUUUCAGAUUAGAUUUAUUAAGUAAAUGAUACAGCCAUUCCAUCUCCUUAGAGAACUGGCUCCAUUGUAUGUGAGCCAAUAACUGGAGCUGAGUUUCAGACCGUCUUUAAUGGGACUCAGAGCUGUUCAGUCCAAAGGAGGUGGAAACUGUUACAAAAAAAAAGAAAAAAUGGCUACCAGGAAGUGAUGCAUUAUGAAACUCAGAGUGUGAGAGGAAGAGCCCGAUACAUUACAAAAUCUGAAUGCAGGAAGAAGUGAUGUAUGGCAGGAUGGGGAGCAAGAGAUACAGCAGCCAUUGCAAGAUGGGAAACAGUGUGUUACAGCUUAUUAAUCGCUGGCAUAGUGCUAGAGGCAUGAGGUAUCCCAUUACUUCUGAAUGGCUUUAAGAGAACACCACAUGAUUCACACACAAGGCUCCUUACUGUUUCACAUCCUGCACAUACACAUACUAAGCAAUAUGUCAAUUAUAGUGCAUUCAGAAAGUAUUCAGACCCCUUCACUUUUUUCAGAGUUUGUAUUGUUGUAGCCUCAUGUUAAAAAAAAUACAUCUAACUUUCUCCUCAUCAAACUACAUUCAAUACCCCAUAAUGACAUUAAAACUGAAUUUUCAAAUGUUUUGUUAAUUCAUUUUAAAUGAAAAAAUUUAAAUAUCACAUUGACAUAAGUAUUCAGACCUUUUGCUGUCUCACUUGAAACUUAGCUCAGGUUGCACCCAUUUCUCUGGAUCAUCUUUGAGAUGUUUCUAAACCUUGAUUGGAGUCCACCUGUUGUAAAUUCAAUGGAUUGAUGAUUUGGAAAGGCACACGUCUGUCUAUAUAAGAGCUUUGUUUUUGCUCUGAUAAGCCACAGGUUGACUCCAGUCAAGGUGUAGAAACAUCUCAAACAUG